GCCAUGCCGCCCCCUGCAGAGGUGACGGACCCGUCCCAUGCUCCUGCUGUCCUGCGCCAGCUCAAUGAACAGCGGCUCCGGGGACUCUUCUGUGAUGUCACCCUCAUAGCUGGAGAUACCAAGUUCCCUGCACACCGCAGUGUCCUGGCUGCUUCCAGUCCCUUCUUCAGAGAGGCCCUGCUUGCUUCUGCCCCUCUGCCCCUCCCACCUGUUACUGGGGACUUGAACACAAACCCCGCCUCUAACACAGCUGCUGCAGCCUCCUCUUCCUCUUCUUCUGCCUCCCCUCCUCCAGCCUCCCCCUCUGCUUCAUCCCCACCUCGGGUCCUGGAGCUUCCAGGGGUCCCAGCCGCUGCCUUCUCUGAUGUCCUCAACUUCAUCUAUAGUGCACGACUUGCACUGCCUGGUGGGGGAGGCGAUGGGGCAGCUGUGGCCGAAAUUGGAGCUCUGGGAAGACGACUGGGCAUCUCCCGCCUGCAGGGCCUUGGGGAGGGAGACGAUGCCUGGGUCCCUCCCGCCUCCACUCCCUUGGCUUCCUUACAGCCUGAAGAGGACAGCUUUGGGCCUGGAAGCAGGCCAGCUGAAGAGUGGGAGGGCGAUGGGGCCGAGUCCCAGGGUCUUGACUCGCAGCCCACCCUGUCACGGCGGCUUCUCCCCUGCCCCCGAUGUGGAAAGAGUUUCAUUCAUCCCAAGCGACUGCAAACCCACGAGGCUCAGUGCCGCCGAGGAGCUGGCACUCGGGGGUCUGCAGGCCUGGGAGCUGGGAGCUCUGGCCCUGGGGGUCCUGCAGGAGUGGAUGCCUCAGCCUUGCCUCCACCAGUGAGCUUCCGAGGUGGCCCUGAGCACGUGGUGAAGGUGGUGGGCGGCCAUGUACUGUACGUGUGUGCAGCCUGCGAGCGCUCCUAUGUGACCCUGUCCAGCCUGAAGCGGCACAGCAAUGUGCACUCCUGGCGGAGGAAAUAUCCCUGCCGAUACUGUGAGAAGGUGUUUGCCCUGGCUGAGUACCGCACCAAGCACGAAGUGUGGCACACGGGAGAGCGCAGGUACCAGUGCAUCUUCUGUUGGGAGACCUUUGUAACUUACUACAACCUGAAGACCCACCAGCGAGCCUUCCAUGGCAUCAGCCCGGGCCUCUUAGCCAGUGAGAAGACACCCAACGGAGGUUACAAGCCCAAGCUCAACACCCUCAAGCUCUACCGCCUGCUCCCCAUGCGGGCAGCCAAGAGGCCCUACAAGACCUACAGCCAGGGAGCCCCAGAGACCCCAGCUUCUCCAGGCCUUGAGACAGCAGCACCUGCAGCAAUUCCAGCUAGUCCACCUCCAGGACCCGCCCCCGCCCCAGAGCCUGGGCCUCCACCUUCGGUCAUCACAUUUGCCCACCCAGCUUCCUCUGUCAUUGUCCACGGGGGCAGCAGCAGUGGCGGAGCAGCAGCUGGCCCACCCAACACAGGAGCCGCCCAGGCUGCCUCAGUCAUCACUUACACAGCUCCCCCGAGACCCCCCAAAAAACGCGAGUACCCACCUCCUGCUCCUGAACCUGCAGCCACAGCAGCCAGCCCCGCCACAGCAGCCAGCCCCGCUGUGGCAGUGGGGCCAGCCACGGCCACUGACGAGGCCAAGGGCCAGAAUCCACGACCCGGGAGGACACUGACCUACACAGCCAAGCCGGCUGGCGGGAUGAGCGGUGGGGGUUCCCCUGCAGGGCCUGGCCGGGGCCCCUCUCAGCUGCAGGCACCCCCUCCACUGUGUCAGAUCACUGUGCGCAUUGGGGAAGAGGCCAUCGUCAAGCGCCGCAUCUCAGAAACUGACCUUCGUCCUGGGGAGCUAAGCGCAGAGGAUGGUGAGGAGAGUGAGGAGGACGAGGAGGAGGACGAAGAGGAUGAGGACGACGAAGAGGAGGAGGAUUCAAAGGCUGGCGGGGAAGAUCAGCUCUGGAGGCCCUACUACUCGUACAAGCCUAAGCGCAAGGCCGCAGCCACCGGUUCAGGCAGUGGGGGCAGCGGGGUGGUCAGGGGUCGGCGCCCACCGCGCUGGAGACAGAAGCUGGAGCGGAGAAGCUGGGAGGAGACCCCAGCAGCCGAGGGCCCUGCAGGACGUACCCGCAGCGAGCGGAGACACCGAUGUGGUGACUGUGCCCAGACGUUCACCACCGUGCGGAAGCUGCGGAAACACCAGGAGACCCACAGCAGCGGCGCCCACAGCUCCCGGACCAGCAGGAAGACGUCCAGCCGCUUCACCUGCCCUCAGUGCGCCAAGGUGUGCAAGACGGCGGCAGCCCUGAGCCGCCACGUGCAGAGGCAUGCUGCCGAGCGGCCCGGGGGCACCCCCACGCCCGUCAUUGCCUACUCCAAGGGCAGUGCCUGCACAAGGCCAGGGGACGUCAAGGAGGAGGCCCCUCAAGAGAUGCAAGUGUCCUCAUCCAGCGGGGAGGCGGGGAGCGGGAGUGCCGCCGCGGAGGAAGCUUCAGAGACCGCCUCUGUUCAAGACCCCGUCAUAUCUGGGGGUGAGGAGCCCCCAGCAGUGGCAGGAGGGGGCAGCUACUCCUACCCACCUGUGCAGGAGUUUCCACUGGCUCUGAUUGGGAGUGGCCGUGAAGCUGGCAGCGGCAGGGGGAAAGCUGGGAGUGAGGGGCCAGUGGGGGCUGGGGAAGGGGACCGGGUGGAGGGGAUGGGGGCUGCCAAAGUUACCUUCUACCCUGAGCCCUACCCACUGGUCUACGGCCCCCAGCUCCUGGCCGCCUACCCUUACAACUUCAGCAACCUGGCCGCCCUCCCAGUCGCGCUCAACAUGGUCCUACCUGAUGAGAAGGGUGGGGGAGCCCUUCCCUUCUUACCAGGGGUCUUUGGCUAUGCAGUGAAUCCUCAAGCAGCACCCCCUACUCCCCCACCACCAGCUCCUCCAACGCUUCCUCCCCAAAUUCCUCCAAAAGGAGAAGGAGAAAGGGCAGGGAUUGAAAGAACCCAGAAGGGAGAUGUGGGGUGA